AUGCGCACCCGCAACAUCCGUCGUACCUUCUUCGCCCUCCUCACCGCCAUAAUUUGCAUAUACAGUCUCUCCAUCUUCUUCAGCCCCUCUUCCGCAUACACCACCGCACAAGAAAAUGUGCAGGGCUACAGCAGCCAGCUUGCCGAUCUAGCUGGCACGCACGGCGAACCCCUAUACGCUGCCUACAGACGUCUGUUCUCUCUCGUUGCCGAUCAAGACGACGAGGAACCGGUCCCCGCCGCCCCGUCAGCCGCUACUACAUCAACAGUUGUCGCAGCCCAGCCUACAGAAGAGGACCUCGAGCGAAAGGCAAAGUGGGACAACUUCGUGGGCCAGUACAAGCGCAAUCGCGAGCUGCUAUUCGAUCCCAACCCGCUCUCCAAGCUCGCCUACUGCUCCAGUUCUACCAAAACGCCUGGUAAGAGCGGCAACUUCCUCAUCAACCUCGCAAACGAAGAAGGGAACAUGGCCCGCAUAGUCUUUCCCUUUGACGGGCGUCCGCACCGGUACAAUCCAAACCUCCUACCCUACCCGCCUGGCUCGCGUCUGCCAUACUUCGCCAUGGCGCGCAUCAGUCCCCGUCGCACGCUGUUCCAUCAUGAACUUGUCUUCUGCGAUCUGAAGUGGAAAAGGACGCGUACAAUCGGCCGUGCGACGUUGGAAUGCGACGGGAAAGCAAAGACGAUCAAGCUUGAGGAUGAAUGGCCUUCUCCUAAAGGCGCGUGCAAGGCCCAUCCGUUCCUGCAGAUUCGCCAGGGCCACUCCGAUCCACGCGUGUUCUUUUCCCCUAUCGGUGAACCGUUGAUGAUUGUUGGCACAAACGGCCGCCACAACUGUCUGCAUCAAUACAUUAUCGAUUUGCGAGCACUCAUCCCCAAUCUUGGACACAAGAUGCGGAUCGACCAUCUGCCUGUCCGAUACAAAAAGUUGACCGAACUUACGCGUCCCGGCCUGGCAGAGAUCGAGAAGAACUGGUUCGCGAUGUACGACGAUCGGAAUAUAGGAUACAUUCAGCACGACAGUCAUCGCCGAACAGUCUCACUUUUGGAUGCGGCCCCUGGCGCGACUGAAGACCAAUCAAAGGUUUUCAAUAUUGCGAAUCCGGAACCAAAGAUUGUUCAAACGCUGAUCAAAAAAUAUACCAGCAAGGACGCCGCAAACGAUCUCCACCAAGCGACAAACUCCCUUCGCGUCACGCUCUGCGACUUCCCUUGCAUCCCCACCAUCCACAACACAGUCAUUGUCGAGCUCUUGCACGUCAAGUAUAAAAACUUCUAUGAGCUUUUCUACCGCCGGUUUGCUGUCAUCAUGAACGCCACCGCGCCGUUUGAUGUCAUCGGACGCACGGGGCCUAUUCACUACGCCGGCGUCGACGAACGGACGAUGAUUUACACCGUCUCAAUGGCUUGGGAUCAUCAGAAUCACCGGCCCCACGAGCCUUGGAACGAGCUAAAGCACGGCGGCCAGGAUGCAUGGAGGAUUCUUGCCGAACGUGAUCGCGUGAACGACGAAAAAGCGGCGACGACGAUGACGGCCGCAACUCCUACGAUCAGCGGCAGCGGAACCACUACCGAAAACGCAGGACAAAAUACCGCAUCUGCACCUCCUCCGCUGAAGACAAACCCGCUAGUGAGCCCCUACUACCAUGGCUGGCUAGAUGAUGUGCUGAUGAUCAAUUUCGGCAUCGACGACAGAGAUUCAGGCACGAUACACGUGAGCGCUAGGGAAUUGCUGGAUUGCAUAUUGGUAUCCGAGGGUUAA